GCUGACACGGGUUCAUAUGGACGAGUUUCGUAUUCCAAGCGAACAACUGAGAAAAGGAAUGCUGCCGGGAGCCAAAUUAGACGUUUUCUUCCCAGGAUUUCCUACGCUAAAACAUAUUCCACAUCAUGCUGAGUUAAGUAAAGAGGGGGUAAAGGUGUUCCAGAUGAACAGUCGAGGGUACAAUACCAUGCUGUACAUUGAACAAGAAGAGGAAGAACCUGACAUAGACAAAGUAGCAAAGGAAUAUUUAGGAAGAGAAAUCUAUGUUGGUUGGCCACAUAUGUAUGAGGCUAAAGUUAUUGCAGUCAGUAACAGUGAAUACAGUUACACACAAGAGGAACCAGCUGGCGGUAAAGGUAAAGCUGGGAACCAUCGACCACAGAUCAAAAGAGAACAGAUAGAUGAAAGUACUUAUACAAUAUACUCAAAGGAAAUCAGCACUAUUGCUGAAAGGUAUAAAGACAGACUGGGAAUAGUCAUUGGUGACACACAUAUUUUACUGAGGGCCUUACCUAUGACUGGCAGAAAGUAUAUAUUCAGUUCUCAUGGCAGAGUAACUAUGGAUAAACAGUUUGGAAAGUUACCUGUGGCAUUUGCUAAACAAGCCACAGUAAAGGAUAUAGCUGUACAUGAUUCAGGUUUCUGUCAGUUCCGCACAUUAAAGGACUAUCUUCCUGAGGGAACUGCUGUAUUCAUGCUUGGUUGGCCACAUUACGCUUGCCAAGGGGAGGUAAUAGAGACAGAUACAGAGAGUGGGCGUGUCCGUAUCAAUCUAUCCAUCUUAGAGGAACCGCAGCUCUCCAAUGUCAUUAAUCAUCAACAGAUACAUCCAUCAAUGGUGCAUGCUGACCGUUACUAUUCCGGUUACGUUGUUGCGCAGAAGGUCGGCAUAAGUUCGCACCUGUUGUCACGGUUGACCGGCACAAUUUAUGUGACAGCUGGGGAGGCAGAGCUAGCUCGUGAACAGGCCAAUCCACAUAAAGUUAAUGUAGGACUGAAUCUGAAGUUUACUAAAAGAGGCGAGGAAGUUCCUGGGUAUACUAAAAACACCGAAGGGCAGUGGACGUAUUCAGACAAAGUUGUCGAUGUUUUGUCCCAAUAUAUGGAUAAGUUUCCAGAGAUGUUUGAGAGUAUUUCCAAAUCAAACAAGCAGCAUAAUGAUAUGUACUACGAAUCUGAUCUCAUACCUAAGACAUGCGAUUACACUUUAAAAACUGUUGAAGAGUUUAUUAAGAAGUUGCCAUGCUCUGGGUUGAAAACUAUGAAAUCAGGGGCUGAUAUUAUUAGUGAAGGAACUAUAAAAGCACUGCAGGAACUGACUGACCAAGUUGUUGAGGCAAACAAGAAAAGACAAAAAAGAGUGAAAAUGCAAGUUAAGCCUCAUCUACUUUAUAAGCCGUCACCUACAAGCGGUUCACUGAUUCCGGAUCAGUCUGCCACCUACCAGCUCUAUGACAGAGUUGUUAAUACAAGACAGGGAUUUCCGGUGCCGUUCGGUUUGCGGGGGACGGUUGUGGGAAUACACCCGGCAGAGGUCGAGGUCAAUACAAUGUACGAGGUGAUCUUUGACGAUGAUUUUCAGGGAGGAAUUUCUAUAAGAAAUUCGUCAAAGAGAGGUUACCGAAUGCCACCAUCAGGAUUGUUGAAUAUUACACAUGGUGAACGUAAAAAUGGUGUGAAAUCUGCCAUACAAAUUCCUGUAGCAGCCAAGAAAACCCGCCAAAACCAGGGCCCCGCAACAAAAGAAAUGUUACCAAUAUUUUUUGUUAUGCUAAUGCCCGUUUCCCCGAGACAACCAGGGCCUCACCAGUAUAAUCAAGGUUAUGGAGGGCAACAAGGUUUUCAAAGAAAUCAAGGUGGUUACCAAGGACUACCUGAUAACAGAACAGGUUACCAUGACAACCAGUUUUCCAGGGGAGGUAAUCAACAAUGGGACAGGCAGGCUAGAUCAGGAAAUCAGGCUGGCUAUUCGAGACAGAACGAUCAAUACGAGAGGCAGAAUAAUAGAAAUACACAGGAUACGAAGGAAGAUGUAUCAGGACAAGUGUUUAAUGGAGCCAGUGCUGGAACCAGCCAACCAACAUUUGUCACUCCUAAAGUCACUUCAGGGAACCAGUCAAAAAGGAAGUUGUCCACAGGAGAGUCCCAGCAGAAUAAACCUGGGAAAGGGCAGACUAGUGGAAGUACUGAAUUUGACAACAUAUGGAAACAGUUACAGGCAUCUCAACCACCAGCAGCAGAUAACUCUAGUCAAGGACUGUCACUCUCAUCAGCAGCUGCAGUAUUGCCAAGAGUGCCUUCCCCUGAUAAUGCCAGUAAGGGAAGCAACUUGAAUCAAAAUAAUACUAAAAUUGAUGUACAAAGCUUGUUUUCUGGAGCAAGCAAUGCAAAUGACACUAAAACCAUUCAGCCAGGUGCUCAGAAUGCUAAAUCAGACAGUAAAUCACAGUAUAGUAGUUCUAAAGUAGUGUCUAACGAUGAGUUUGCGGCCAUGUUUAAAUCUCUGGAAGAAGUUCACAUAUCAAAAGAAGAAAAUGAAAAUAAACCAGAGAAUGGCACAGAUGCACUAAAGAAGAUGCUAAAUAUAACUGACCAAUCAGAAUCCAGCAAAGGUUUGGAGGCUCCUGCAGAUGGAGGGGGAGCAAGUAGUGGGGGUGGGGGGAAGAGUUAUGGGAGACAAGUUUCUAUUCAGGAAUUGUUUGAUGGUGCCAAGAAGCAGCAGGUUCAGUCUGAUGUAGAUAAGUCACAGGAACAACAAAACAAAGGAAAGGGGUACCAGAAACAGAAGGGUCAAGGUCAACAGUCACCAAGGCAACCACAAGGUCAUCAAGGUCAACAGCAAGGUUUUCAGAAUAAUGUACAAAACAAAAGACCAGCAUUGUUGAUACCACAGUCUAGAGGUGGUAACAGGAACCCAGUAAUGGAGCUGAUGAGCUUCUGCCAGUCUUUACAGAUGGGUCUACCCAUGUAUGAUUAUAUACCAAAGAGUGGGGUAUUCUACUGUGUAGUGUCACUGUUUAACGGAGCCAGAUUUCAGGGAUCAUUGUGCAAGACAAAAGAGGAGGCAGCAGAAUCUGCGGCCAGUGUUGCCUUACUACAGCUGAAAGGCAGCAUGCAGCAGAUGGCAGCUCACCCGAUGAUGCAGAUGCCAGGUUUUGUACCCGGAGCUCUGCCACAGGGGAGACAAUUCUCAUCUCCAAAUUCUGCCUUCAGUCCUGUUAACACUUUUCCAGCUCCAGGAAUUUAUCAGGGAAACAGAGGUCAAAGCCCUAGAGGUUACCAUGGUUACGGGCAGCAGCAGCAACAGAGACCUUUUAGUGGGGGUCAAGGUCAAACUCAUUACAACAGGGGAGGUUACUCUAGACAACAAAAUAAUUCGGCCAAUCAGCAGCAAGGAAGAAAUCAGACAUACCAAAAUCCUGCUCAAGAGAUGACAACCAGUCAGCAGCAAGGAAGAAAUCAGACAUAUCAAAAUCCUCAAGAUCUGUCAGCAAAUCAGAAUCAAGAAAGCAAAACCGAUGAAAGGUCACUGUUCAACAGUCAAAAACAAAGUAAAGAUGUGAAAACUCAACCCACUUGUGUGGUUACACCUUUUGUUCCAAUGCAGGUGACUCGGAAACAUACACCACAGAAAGCGAGGAAAACUUCCGUCUCUGACGACAACACUUCUCGCAUCGAGGAAGAAACGUUAGAAAAAAGGGGAGAGAACAUACCUGUACGUGAAGUAAAGGGAGAUAACUCUAUGCAAUCUAACAAACCGAAAACUGAUUCUAGUGAAACCAUUUCUAGUAAACCAGAUCCAAGUAAUUCUAGGACAGAACGAAAAGAGUCAGGUAGUACUGAUAGUACAAGUCCAAAGACAAAACAGUCGACGCCUCCAAGUCCAAAGACAAAACAGUCGACGCCUCCAAAAUCAGCGAAAAAAACGGAAACAGGGUCGGCGAAAAAAUCUCGAAGACGGUUAGCGGCUAAUUUUAAUGUGAAACCGUAAAGUGUAGUUUUGAAUAGAUUUUCCUAUUCCAGUGUUUGAAACACAUUUUAGAGAUUUUAUUUAUAUUUUAGAUAUUCAUAUUUUUCCAAGAAGGAUAGUUUCUAUAAUUGUUUAGAUAAAAAAAAAUUGUGCCACUUUUAUAGCUCCUUGCAAUGCCACUUUUAUAGUUCCUGGCAAAACUAAUGAAAUG